AUGCACCACUCUCAGUUGGCGCCAUUGCCCAUCGACCUCCCCUUUCGAAUAGUCUCUAAGACCUUCGGCCAGGGCGCUUAUGCUAGUUUGAAAAAAGCGUGCCCUCUGAACGCCGAUAACCCUGUCUUCGCUGUCAAGUUCAUCAACAAAGACUACGCCGCUCGCCAUGGCAAGAUCAGUCCUCGACAGUUGCUCAUGGAAGCAACGGUACACAAACAUAUUGGCGACCAUAACAACAUCAUUUCCUUUUUCCAAACCGGGGAGGAUGGGGCCUGGCGAUGGAUUGCGAUGGAGCUAGCCGAAGGAGGGGACCUCUUUGACAAAAUUGAAGCGGACGAGGGCGUCGGUGAGGACAUCGGCCAUGUAUAUUUCUCCCAGCUUGUAAGCGCGGUAGGGUACAUGCACUCGAAGGGUGUAGGACAUCGGGACAUUAAGCCAGAGAAUAUUCUCUUGACAGCGGAUGGCAAUCUGAAAAUCGCGGAUUUUGGCCUGGCGACGCUUUUCGAAUACAAGGGAGGCACCAAGCUGUCCACCACCUUCUGCGGUAGCCCCCCGUACAUCGCGCCGGAGGUUAUCAUCUGUAGCACGCGGAAUCAAACGAAGGGAUCUGGGUACCGCCCUGACGUCGCGGACGUCUGGUCUUGUGGGAUUGUUCUUUUUGUCCUCCUUGCCGGAAAUACACCCUGGGAUACCCCGACGGAGGACAGCUAUGAAUUUCACGAAUACGUUACGAAAAACGCCCGCACAUCCGAUGAACUAUGGCAGAAAUUGCCCACCGCAACAUUAUCACUAAUUCGCGGCAUGCUGAACGUCGAUUCCCACAAUAGAUUUUCCUUAGAAGAUGUCAGAAGACAUCCUUGGUUUACCCGUCACAACAAAAACCUCACCCCAGACGGCAGACUGCACGACCCGAUCAAGAUAGCCACGUCCAUGUUCGAAUCUCUACACAUCGACCUCUCCCAAUCUGUGUCCCGACCCAUGAACGGCGGUAGUUUCGGCGCAGACCGAAUGGACAUCGAUAUCGGUGACGACCUAGGCGCGGAGCACAGAAUCUCAUCUACCCAACCCGAAGUACCUAGAGGCGACAUGAUGAUCGACUGGGACACGCCGCACCUCACAGAGAUUUUCUCGUCGAGCCAACCGACAGGCAAACCGCCACCAAGCAGUCUCAGCCCGGAAAUUUUAGAAGACGAACCCACCUUCUCGCAAUUCUCGCAACGCCCCUCCGUUCCACUCAGCCGGACCCAAAACGCCCAGCGAUUCCACGACAUCGUCCCCUCCCGCUCUAUGACUCGCUUCUUCUCCGCCUGGGAACUCAAGCUCCUGGUCCCUCUUAUCUGUGAGGCACUGCACCGCCUCGGUGUCCCUGUUCCCACUGUCCCUGGCGUCUCCCCUGGUGACAACUCGGCCAUGAUUCGAGUCAUCACCAGAGACGGGAGGAUGUGUCCCCUGCAUGGGAAGGUGCUUAUCGAGUGCGUCUCCGAGGGCCUCUUCGAGAUCGAAUUCAUGAAGGGCAAGGGCGAUCCGCUUGAGUGGCGCCGGUUCUUCAAGAAAGUCGUCCUCCUUUGCAAGGAUGCGGUGUAUACACCUGAUUCAUAA